AUGAAACGCUAUUCCGUAGCCAUCAUAUUCUACGAGUGCACAAUGUAUCUAGUAGGAACUCAUAAUUCUCGUCCAACUCGGUAUGUUCUUUCAACCAAGUUGGACUGUUUCGUUCCCGGCAAACCGUGUCAUCAGGACUAUUUGGAGAUUUCUGCCAAACUACCCAGAAGUUCUGAUUUAUCUUCGUCAGACGACGAUGUCGUUGAGCAUGCAGAUGGUACUGGUGAUGGGGCUGGGGUAAACGAACUGCUGCUCCCGUUCGCUCGAAUCUGUUUGGUGAAUGCAACCAAGUCCACCGCGGCGGCAGAUGAGAGUGGUGCAAUGGAGGAACAACAGGCGGAGCAAUCGGAUGAUGCAACAAAUGGCGAGUUCGUGUUCGGUCAUGGAUCGUCUUCCGUCGGGCUUGUGUUCGGCCCACUGUUGCCAGCUGUGGGACUUCAGUUCACAUCAAAUUUAAAUCUGCUCAACAUGGAUCCACAUCACACACCUGGAAAGGGUAUUCUGAUCGAAUAUAUAGCUCUUUUUUGUACACCGAUCAAAGCGCCCUCAGGAAACGGACUGGUGGACUAUCGAUUCCGAGCACUUGCCCAUUCCACUGUUGCCUAUGCGGAAAUUUUCUGUCCCCCUGAUCGUUGGCUUGAGCCCCAACAACCAACAUCAUCUGCCGAAUCAUUUGUGAUCCCUAAACAAGAUUCACAGAACACUAGUAAUGAUACAUUCCCUUGGUGGCUUCAACGUCGACGACAUGCAACACACAUUUGUGAUCAUCAUCAGAAAUCGUGGAAACCUCACCGUAUUCCUGCCGCAUGCUUGACAGAGUCCGAACUGAGCGCGUUCGUGGCCAACGUGGAAAUGUUGACACGAAAAGGAAUCACCUCGAUCCCGGCAAUUCACGUGGCCCCGGUCGAUACCAAUCAUCGCAAUCAGACCGCGGAUUCGAACGCAAUUUGGUACUCGGCCACCGUGGUCCCACUGAACAAUGAUUCAUGGAUUGGAGUAAGCGCGCCCGUGGUGAUUGGACCGAACACAGUUCAAAGUGAGAGCCGACUUCAUACAGGUACUUCGGAGACAGAAGCCAAAUCGGAAGUCAAAUUGGAAUACGGUCUUUUGGAAUCUUGCCUAGAAAGAAGCUUCCAUUUGAACGACACUAUUGACUUUCUAUGCACUAGUUGGCGAGGUUAA